CACAGCUAAGUGCAGCCGCCCGCCUCUGUCACCAGGAGACAGUCCACUUAAAUGCAGCUCCAGGGUUGCGGGACCCCCACCAGAAUCACUACCCGUGUGAGGUGGCAAAUGCAACAUGCCCUCCAGCUUGGGGUGUCUACUUCUCUGUGGAAGUAUUGCACUAGCCCUGGGAAAUGCACAGAAAUUGCCAAAAGGUAAAAGGCCAAACCUGAAGGUCCACAUCAAUACCACAAGUGACUCCAUCCUCUUGAAGUUCCUGCGUCCGAGUCCUAAUGUAAAACUGGAAGGUUUUCUCCUGGGAUAUGGCAGUAACUUGUCACCAAACCAGUACUUCCCUCUUCCUGCCGAAGGGAAAUACACUGAGGCCAUAGUCGAUGCCGAGCCUAAAUAUCUGAUCGUCGUACGGCCCGCUCCUCCCCCCAGUCAAAAGAAGUCAUGCUCAGGUAAAAAACGAUCUCGCAAACCUCUCCAGCUGGUGGUUGGCACUCUGUCACCAAGCUCAGUCUUCCUGUCCUGGGGCUUCCUCAUUAACCCUCACCAUGAUUGGACAUUGCCAAGUCAGUGUCCCAAUGACAGAUACUAUACAAUUCGCUAUAGAGAAAAGGAUAAGGAAAAGAAAUGGAUUUUUCAACUCUGUCCAGCCACUGAAACAAUCGUGGAAAAUCUAAAGCCUGACACAGUUUAUGAAUUCGGAGUGAAAGACAAUGUAGAAGGUGGAAUUUGGAGUAAGAUUUUUAAUCACAAGACUAUUGUCGGAAGUAAAAGCAAAGUAAAUGGGAAAAUCCAAAGUACCUAUGACCAAGUCCACUCUGUGCCAGCAUAUGUCCCAAGAAAGCUAAUCCCAGUAACAAUCAUCAAGCAAGUGAUUCAGAAUGUUACACACAGGGCCUCAACUAAAUCUCCAGAUAAGACUCCCUAUGGAGGAACAAUACUGGUCCACCUUGUUAUCCCAGGCCUUAAUGAAACCACCGUAAAACUUCCCACUUCCAUUAUGUUCGAGAUUUCAGAGGCAAUCAAGACACAGUUAGCUAAGAAUGAAACCUUGGCAUUGCCUGCUGAAUCUAAAACACCAGAGGUAGAAAAAAUUCCAGCACUGCCCAUAACAGUGACUCCUGAAUCAGUUCCAAGAACCACUAAGCCCACUGUGUCUAGUGCAUUAGACAUUUCAGAAACAACACUGGUUCUCAGGGGAAGGACCCCCGGAACAUCACAAACUAUUUUAAUACCUAGGUUUGAAUUGCCACUGAGCACUCUAGCUCCGAAAAGGCUUCCAGAAUUUCCUCAGGCAAAAACACCUUUCCCUUUUGAGAAAGCUGGGGGCACCUUGGCUUCAAGUGAAAAGCCAGGAAUUGUGCCUACAAGUAAAAUAUCUGAAGAUUCCAAAAUUCUACUGCCUCAAACUGCCACUUAUGAUGUUUUCUCAAGCCCUACAACAUCAGAUGAGCCUGAGAUAUCAGAGCCCCACACAGCAACAAGCGAUCCACUUCUGGACUCUGUCCCACCUAAAACUUCUAGAACUCUUGAACAGCCAAGGGCAACACUGGCUCCGAGUGAAACACCAUUUAUUUCUCAAAAACUGGAAAUCUUUACCAGUCCUGAAUUGCAGCCUACAACACCUGCUUCCCUGCAAACUACAUCUGUCCCUUCUACACCUAAACGACGCCUCAGGCCCAAACCACCAAGAACUAAGCCUGAAAGAACCACAAGUCCUGGAACAAUUACAUCUAAAAUUUCUAAAAGCCCUGAACCUAGAUGGACAACAAUGGCUCCCAGUAAAACACAAUUUAUUUCUUUGAAACCUAAAAUCCCUCUCAGUCCAGAAGUGACAGACAGCAAACCUGGAGACAUUAAUUUGCUGAAGAAAACCCCAGAACCUGAGAUUCUCCUACCGUCACAGCCGCCAAUAGUCUUAGAACCUGGAACGCUGGAAACUAAAUCUUCAACAACAACAUUAGCUCCACCAAAGACCAAACGGCCAGGUCGUCGUCCCCGCCCUAAAACUACACCUAGUCCAGAUGUGCCCAAGUCCAAACCUGCUCUGGAACCUGCAACGGUACCACCAGAACCCUUGGUGCCCGCGAUUGAUUCAAAACCAGCAAAGCAAUUACUUUCUAAACCCACAGCAAAACCAGAUACGCCACCACCUACAUCCGUUUUUGAGCCUGUUACACCUGUGACCGAAGCGCCGUCCACAAGCAUAGUUCCUGCCACAGACAUUGAACCUGUAACUCUGAGAACUGAGGCUCCUCGGACAACAUUAGCUCCAAAAACAUCACAAAGAACAAGGACACGUCGCCCACGUCCACGUCCCAAACAUAAAACCACACCAAGACCCGAGACACCUCAGACCAAACUAGACUUUGAACCUAUUACUCCUGGGACAUCUUUAGCUCCAACAACUAAGAGACCCCGUCGUCCGCGUCCCAAACCUAAAACCACGCCCCAUCCAGAAGUACCUCAGACUAAACUGGUUCCUGCCACAAUCCCUGAACCAGUCAGUCUUAGGACCGAAGCUCCAGAAACAACAGUAGUUCCUGCUAUAGUCUUUGAACCAGUUACUCCUAUAAAAGAGGCUCCGGAGACAGCAUUCGUUCCUGUUACAGACCUUGAACCCGUCACUUUUCCACCUGAGACAUCUGGGACCACACUAGCUACUACCAAAACAUCAAAAAGACCUCGUCGUCCACGUCCCAGACCUAAAACCACACGAGGCCCUCAAGUACCUCAGACCAAACUGGUUCCUGCUACAACCCUUGAACCUGUCACUCUUAGAACAGAGGCCCCGGGAACAACAUUAGCUUCUAAAACAUCACAACAGACAAUUCAUCCACAUCCCAGACCAAAAACCACACCAAGUACUGAAGCUCCUGAGUCCAAACCAGUUCCUACUGCAGACUUUGAACCUGUUACAUUCAGAACUGAUGCUUGGGUAACAACAAAAGCUCCUAAAACAUCAAAACGGACCCGUCGUCCGCGUCCCAAACUUAAAACUACAACAACUCCUGAGGCACCUCAAACCAAACCGGUUCCCACUACAGAUCUUGAACCUGGUACUCUUAGAACUGAAGCUCCAGAAAUCGUGGUUCUUCCUACAGUCAUUGAACCUGUCACUCGAACAACCAAGGCUCCAGAAACAACAUUAGCUUAUAAAACAACACGAGUUCGACGUCCACGUCCCAGACCUAAAACCACAUCAAGCCCUGAAGCACCUCAGACCAAAUUGGUUUCUGCUACAGGCUUUGAACCUGUUAUUCAUAGCUCUGAAGCUCCAGAAGCAACAUUAGCUCCCCCUGAACUGCGAACUCUUAUUUUGAAGCCAGUGAUAUCACCAAGCCUAGAAAUGACCCAAAGUCAGCCUGUUUCUGAAGUCCUGGAAUUGCUUACAUUUAGCACUGAGUCGUCAAAGGAAGCUAUAGCACCAACUGAAAUAGAUUAUGUCUAUUCCACCACCAAAGCACCACUCAGGCCAGAGGAGCCAGAGACAGAAGUUGUGGAAUCUAUUACACAUGUGUCUGAACCACCUGAGACCACGCUAGGUAAUGAUACACCCCGGCAGCUUUUGUCCUCACUGUCACCAUCACCAGAAAACCCAGCUUCCAAGCAGAUACCACGAACUCCUCCCAAACCAAAAACAUCUCCACGUCCAAGAAUCCCACAAACACAAUCAGCUCCUAAGGUAUUCCAGCAUGUUACUCUGAAGCCAAAGACAUCACCAAGUCCAGAAGUGUCCUAUACGCCACCUGUUCCAAGAGAUGUGCUCCUUCCCCAUAAACCAGUCCCCGAAGUCUCUCAGAGCGAACCUGUUCUGCAACCUGUUACCUUUAGAAUCCAUCUGCCAGAAACAACUCUAGCUCCUUUAGAGACACGAGGCAGCCCUUUGAUUCCUAUGAUUUCACCAAGUACUAGCCAAGAGGAACUACAAACCACUCUCGCAGAAACAGACCAGUCUACCCAAGAACUCUUCACAAUGAAAGUUCCACGAACAACUGAAUUGGCAAAGACAACUCAGGCACCACACAGAUUGUAUACUACUACUAUGAGGCCCAGAACACCUGACAAGCCACACAUCAGACCUGUUCUGAAUAAGACAACUACAAGACCGAGCAGACCCAGACCCAGUGGGACACCCAGAGGGAAUGGAAUAGGAGCAGGGGUCAAGCAAGUCCCACUGCCAUCUGGUGCUGGUAGAAAUGUAUCAGUGGAUUCUUCUCACCCCACAAAAAAACCAGCCAUAAUCCCAGGUACUCGUCGCCCACCCCUGCCACCCAGACCCAUGCCCCCACGAAGAAAGCCUUUACCACCCAACAAUGUCACCGGAAAGCCAGGAAGUGCAGGAAUCAUUUCAUCAGGCCAAGUAACUUCCCCACCCUUGAGGGCAACACUCAGACCUACAGAAGCUCCCUUGGAGACAAUGGAGACAGAUAAAAAGCCACCGACAGUUCCUGCCUCAGAAGAAGAUCUUGAUAACAUGACUGACUUUAGCUCAAGUCCAACAAGAGAAACUGAUCCUCUUGGGAAGCCCAGAUUCAAAGGGCCUCACGUGCGGUAUAUCCAAAAGCCUGACAACAGCCCCUGUUCCAUCACCGACUCUGUCAAGAGAUUCCCCAAAGAGGAGGCCACAGAGGGGAAUGCCACCAGCCCACCGCAGAACCCACCCACCAACCUCACUGUGGUCACUGUGGAAGGGUGUCCGUCCUUCGUCAUCCUGGACUGGGAUAAGCCGCUCAAUGACACUGUCACAGAAUAUGAAGUUAUAUCCAGAGAAAAUGGAUCAUUCAGUGGGAAGAACAAGUCCAUCCAAACAACAAAUCAAACCUUCUCCACAGUAGAAAAUCUGAAACCAGACACAAGCUAUGAAUUCCAGGUGAAACCCAAAAACCCACUUGGUGAAGGGCCACCCAGCAACACAGUGGCGUUCAGUACUGAAUCAGCUGACCCAAGAGUGAGCGAGCCAGUUUCUGCAGGAAGAGACGCCAUAUGGACCGAAAGGCCCUUUGACUCGGACUCCUACUCCGAGUGUAAGGGCAAGCAGUACGUCAAAAGGACUUGGUAUAAGAAGUUCGUGGGGGUGCAGCUAUGCAACUCGCUCAGAUACAAGAUUUACCUCAGCGACUCCCUCACAGGAAAAUUUUAUAACAUAGGCGAUCAGAGAGGCCAUGGGGAAGAUCACUGCCAGUUCGUGGACUCAUUUUUAGAUGGACGCACAGGACAGCAGCUCUCUUCUGACCAGUUACCCACCAAAGAAGGCUAUUUCAGAGCAGUUCGUCAGGAACCAGUCCAAUUUGGAGAAAUCGGUGGUCACACUCAGAUCAACUAUGUCCAGUGGUAUGAAUGUGGGACCACAAUUCCCGGAAAAUGGUAGAUGCUGCAGUCACAUUCAAAAGUGCUUCCUGUUUCAUCGUUUCAAAAAAUAAUUGGAAACAGUAUGGUAUUUGUCACAUGCAUUUAAAGCUCUUUUGUUUACUAUGUAUAAAAGUCUAAAAUCUAAUAGCAAUAUUAGAUGUUUAUUAGAAAGAUUGCUAAGAAUAUUUAUCAGGUUUUACAAAGUCAUUUUAAGAAAGCAAGAUAUUGAUAUUAACAGAAUAACAUUUUUGGGGAAGCUGGCUCCCUGUUCAUGGUAUUUUAAGAGAUCAUUUGUAUAUUAUUUAUCACACUGUUGUAAUGAUGUUCUGAGAUACUUUUAUAACAAAAUUAACAUCAAAAAACUAAUAUACUUUAAAAAAAUAUUUACAUUUAUUGUGUAUUCUUCCUAUUGUUAAUUCCAUAAAUCUCUACUUGGCUUAACUUAUUAGAUCAAAUUAUCGUCAGCAUAUUAUAUCUGGGGAGAAAAGGUCCUAAUAGUCACAUGUUUAUUUAAACUGCAACCUUUUAGCAAUAGCUGAGAAACUUUUGAAGCAUUUAAACAGUUAGCCAUUCGUGCUAAUAUACAUUAAUUAUCUACAAAUGAUUGCAAAGGUUGUUUGAAUCAGUAAAUUUCAGUUGAAAAUGGAAUUGAGAAUUUGAUUUAUCAUUUCAAAAAUACGUAUUUUGUUCUUUCUCUACCCAUAAACAUGCUACAAUGUCUGAAUGUUCUUUGUCAAACUAUCCCUUUAAGCAGUUGUGUCGGUGCUGUUUUGAAUUCUAAUCAAGCUGUGUCCGAAGACUGCGGUGAAGUCUAAGCAUGAAGGGAAAAGCCGUGAUGAGAGGCUUACCGUUUUAUGACAUUUACUCUAUUUUUACACAGACGAUCUCUAGGGAAUGAAUGUAUCAGAGGCUGUUUUCUUAAUUCUAACCACCUGUAAUGCAAAUCCGACAUUUCUUUCAAACAGUAUUUCCUCCUCCACUGGGGAGGAGACAGGAAUACCGCAUUGGUGCCCUCAUUCUUAAAGGACCUUUCUGCGCUUACCUUUCAACAGGCUUCAGUUUUAUCAAUACUUCAUUUUAUAUUUUUCAAACAGUAUAAACUCUGCAAUAAAGAGAUGUAGUUUUUUUUAA